GCCCGCCCACCUCGAGCCCGCGGGGAGGCGGUACAGGGUGGGGGAAGGCCCCGACCUCCGCGCCCGCACGUUCCUCUCGUGGCCGGGCUGGGCGCUCGCGGGUCGGUCAGGAGUCCGGCCCGCUGGGCGGAGGGCUGGGCUGGCUGCGCCAGAGGCUGGCCCCAGGGGCCUCCCGUCGCCCCCCCGGGACCGGGUCCGUCCGCGCGGCGGCGUUGACACGAAUGGCGCUGGCCCCGCAGGUCGCUGCGGGCCCCUCCGUGGGCGUCUCCGUCCAGAACACUUCCCUAGAUUGGGGGGCGACGGGACCCGCGGGGGCGUCGGGAAGGGGUGACGCGGGGUGCUGCUCCCCCUUCUCCGCCUGCCGGUGCUCUGCGGGUGCCGGGGAUCCGCCUCUGAGAACCGGGUCACAGACCUGUGGAAGGUGGUGGUGGGUCUGAGGGGUUGCUCCUGCACGGGGGCGCCCGGGGCUGUGCCUGGCGCCCAGCAAGAGCUCGAGGUCCUCAGCUAGAGUGACGUGUGUUAAAGCUGUAGCAUAUGCCGUGAGGUUAUGAGGAGGUUUCUGUUACUCUAUGCGACACAGAAAGGACAGGCAAAGGCCAUAGCAGAAGAAAUAUGUGAAAAAGCAUUUGCACAUGGAUUUUCUGCAGAUCUUCACUGUAUUAGUGAGUCAGAUAAGUAUGAUCUGAAAACCGAAACCGCGCCUCUUGUUGUGGUUGUUUCCACCACUGGCACUGGAGACCCACCUGACACUGCGCGCAAGUUCGUGAAAGCAAUACAGGACAAGGCUCUGCCGGGAGAUUUCUUUGCUCACCUGCGCUAUGGAUUACUGGGGCUCGGUGAUUCAGAAUACACAUACUUCUGUAAUGGUGGGAAGAUCAUUGAUAAGCGACUUCAGGAGCUUGGUGCCCAGCAUUUCUAUGACACCGGACAUGCGGAUGACUGUGUGGGUUUAGAACUUGUGGUUGAGCCAUGGAUUGAUGGACUCUGGGCUGCCCUCACGAAGCAUUUUAUGGCCAGUAGAGGAAAAGAGGAGAGGAAUGGGGCUCUCAAGAUGGCAUCUAAUGCCUCUCAACGGAUGGAUCCUGUGAAACCAGACUUAUUACACAUUGAAUCACAAGUUGAACUUCUGAGAUUAGAUGAUCCGGGGAGAAAGGAUUCUGAGGUGCGGGAACAGAAUACAGUGAACAGAAAUCAGUCAAGUGCUCCACCAGCAGAAUCUGAGUCCUCACUUACCCACUCGAUACCCCCACUUUCACAAGCCUCUCUGAAUAUUCCCGCCUUACCACCAGAAUAUUUGCAGGUGCAUCUGCAGGAGUCUCUCGGCCAGGAGGAAAGCCAAGCAUCUGUGACUUCAGUGGAUCCAACUUUUCAAGUUCCAAUUUCAAAGGCAGUUCAACUGACUACAGAUGAUGCCAUAAGAACCACUCUUCUGGUGGAAUUGGACAUUUCAAAAACAGAUUUUUCCUAUCAGCCUGGAGAUGCCUUCAAUGUGAUCUGUCCCAACAGUGAUUCUGAGGUACAAAACCUUCUCCAAAGACUGCAGCUCACGGACAGAAGAGAGCAUUGUGUCGUCUUAAAAAUUAAGGCAGACACACAAAAGAAAGGAGCAGCCUUACCCCAGCAUAUACCUGAGGGAUGUUCUCUCCAAUUCAUUCUGACCUGGUGCCUUGAAAUACGAGCAGUUCCUAAAAAGGCGUUGUUGCGAGCCCUGGUGGACUACACCGGCGCCGGGCCCGAGAAGCGAAGGCUGCAGGAGCUGUGCAGCCGCCAGGGCGCGGCCGAUUACAGCCGUUUCGUGCGAGAUGCGCACGCCAGCCUGUCCGACCUGCUCUUGGCUUUCCCGUCCUGCCGGCCGCCGCUUCGUCUCCUGCUCGAACAUCUUCCUAAGCUCCAGCCCAGACCAUAUUCAUGUGCAAGCUCAAACCUGACUCACCCAGGGAAGCUUCAUUUCAUUUUUAACAUUGUGGAGUUUUUGUCUAACACCACAACGGAGGUUCUGCGGAAGGGCGUGUGCACAGGCUGGCUGGCCACGAUGGUCGCGUCCAAACUUUAUCCAGACCCGCGAGUGUCCCGUGCAGAAGGUGGGAAAGCCCCGGCUCCGGAGAUAUCCAUCUCUCCUCGAACAACCAAUUUUUUCCACUUACCGAGUGACCCCUCAACCCCCAUCAUAAUGGUGGGUCCGGGAACUGGCAUAGCACCCUUCAUUGGUUUCCUGCAACACAGAGAGAAACUCCAAGAACAACAUCCAGAUGGACACUUUGGAGCAAUGUGGUUGUUUUUUGGCUGCCGCCAUAAGGAUCGGGAUUAUUUAUUCAGAGAGGAGCUCAGACAUUUCCACCAGCGUGGAAUCCUGACUCACUUGAAGGUUUCCUUCUCAAGAGAUGCUCCUGUUGGAGAGGAGGAAGCCCCAGUGAAGUAUGUGCAAGACAACAUCCGUCUUCACAGCGAGCAGGUGGCAAAGCUGCUUCUUCAUGAGCACGGCUGUAUUUACGUCUGUGGAGAUGCUAAGAAUAUGGCCAAAGAUGUCAAUGAUACCCUUGUGGAAAUAAUCAGCAAAGAGGCUGGAAUUGAAAAACUAGAAGCAAUGAAAACAUUGGCUACUUUGAAAGAAGAAAAACGGUAUCUUCAGGAUAUUUGGUCAUAAAAUCAGAAAAUAAAGGAAGAGAAUGAUGCUUUUUUGGCUCAAAGUAGUAAAAGACCAUUUGGCUGAAACAGACUUUCCAUUUUUUAAAAAUUAAAAAUUUUUUUGGAGGAGAUAGAGUGGGAGUGGGUUGCCUUCCCGCGACAGCAGCCUUCUGAUUGGGUUUCCCCGCAGCCCCUCUGCGCUCCCCACGCCGACUUCAGCUUGGGCUCCUGAGCUGAGGGGCAGCCCUCCUGCCCAGCACCACGCAUCACAGGUGCCGCCUCCAGGUCACAGGGAAGGCGUCUGUCUGUGUCACGGGGCUUCCCAGCAUGGACGUGGGCACACGCGCCCACCACGUAGAUGGUUAAAGCCUGUGAACUUACGUUGCCAGUUUUAAAAUAGGAAAAAUAAUUUAUUUUUAUAUGAACUCUACCGUAAAGAUUACUAUUAAUGUAUUAAAAUUAACUCUGUAUAGUUACUUGUUUAUCCAGACAGUUCCUGACUUGGGAUUGACAACGAUGUAAAAAGCCAUACACGUUCAGGAGAAACGGGACUUCAGAUUUUGAGUGUGGAUCUUCUCUCAGGCUGCUGGCGAGUGAUCACAUCCUUGCUCCUGAUGCUGGGCAGCGGCAGCAGUCUCCAGGGUCAACAGCCAUCUGUGCCCACACAACCAUUUUGUCACUUUCAGUGCAGUAUUCAGCCCGUUACAUGAGCGAUUCCCUAUUACGUGACUGUAGGCUCCUGUUUAAGUGCUCUGAGCACAUGUGAGGUAGGGUAGACCAAGCUGUGGUAUUUGGUGUCUUAAGUGCUUUUUGACCUAACAAUAUUUUCAAUUUUUAAUGAAUGUGUCAGGAUGUAACUUCCCUAUAAGUUAAGGAAGAUGUGUAUAACUUUAUCAAAUGGUUAUUUAUUACCAAAACUAUAUUUCUGAUAAAAAAAUAUUAAGGUAAUGCUCAGAGAUUUUUUUUCGAUGAUUUUAGAAAUGUGAAAUAUAUUUUAAAAUUCUGUUAUAUGAUUUAUUUAUCACAAUUACUUCUUCAUAUCCCAGUUCUAGAAUUUAGAGAAAUUUGCAUUCAGUUUAUAGGUGCGAGCAAGUAUAUAUUUUAGUAAAACUACAACCCCCCCCAUUCUUCCUCUGUGUUCUUUUUGGCAUAUUUUUAGUUUCCGUACAUUAUCUUAACCCCAUGAUAGCGAUCAAAUUGUAUCCUAGGCUUAAAAUGCCUGCCUAAAUUAGUAUCCUUAUAUUUUUAAAAAUUCCUACUGCGUUCUGAAUAUUUAUGUCCCUCCAAAUUGCUGUGUUCCAGUGUUAACCUCCGUUACAAUGACAGUAAGAGGUGGGGCCUCUGGGAGGCGCUUAGGUCAGGAGGGUGGAGCCCUCAGGCAUGGCAUCGGUGCCCUGACGAGAGGCCCCACAGAGCUCGUGGCCCCUUCUGCCUGGUGAGGACACGGCAGGCGCAGUCUGUAGCCAGAAGGGAGCUCUCGCCAGAACCUGACCCCACCCUCACCCCACUCUUGGACCCCACUCUCCAGCCUCCAGGACGGAGAGAAAUAAAUCCUUGUUUAUGAGCCACCCACUGUCUGGUGUUUUGUUACAGCCGCCCGAAUGGACUAUGCCAAUUCCCAGUGACAAGUUCUCUUAAAACUUGUCAGAACGGAAAACAGUGUCAAAGGGUAUGAUUAAUUUUUCUAGGCCCUGGUGUAUGUUGGUUUUUUUAGUCAAGAGAUUGGCAUUUGAAAAACCUCUACCUGUCAAAGGAUUCUGGUCAUUUUGAAAAAUAAUGUUAAGAUUUUAUCAAGCUUUAUUGCUAUUUAAUCUCUAGUCUUAUUUCAUAUAUUUUGUGAUGGAAACAAACCUAAAAAGCAGAACAUAUCAAGCGAAUCUGGUUACAGAUCUAAUUAUAUGCAUAUACUGUAUGUAUCAGCCAACACAGACGGGUUGAGAACAUUAAAAAGGACAAAGAACAACGUUCUUUACUGGUGUCACAGGAUGGAAUAAGAACUCGUGUUCACCUACCACGGUUGUCUGUGAACGGGACCCCAGAGCUGACCCGGAAAGAGAAACUACAAAUACGCCAUCCUAGUGGGUGCUGGCACUGCCCUCAGCUGUCUCGUCCACCUCCAGCAUCCACGUUACUCCUGCUAGGCGGCGUUAGACACCAAGUGCUAGGGCGCGUCCGUCGGCUCGCU